UGCUGCUUAGAAAAUGACGCGUUGUGAGCUUCCGUUGCUAUUGCUAGCAGUGUUGUUAAUAACACUGCUGCCUAGCUAUAUAUUAGCCUGGCCACAGGAUCUCUUCUUUGCUCCUUUGCCGCAGGAUGAAGAAGCGCCCGCUGCACCAGCGCUCAACAAUCUCUCCGAUCUAAGUGCUGGCCUCAAUCUGGUGCCUGUGGGCAGUUUAAUUACCGCUGCCGCCAACGCUGUGCCCCCCGCCCCCGUUCAAUUCAUACGCGUUGCUAUGAAUAGCGGUCUAUAAAUUUUUUUUUUUGCUUAUUUUUAUGGUUUUUAAACUUUAUAGUGACUUUUUUUUUAUGUGCA